UAAACACAAUCGUGUGUUCCGUUCAAUUGUGAAUUUCGUCGUGUUCGUACUUUAAUGGGUUGUUGAUAUUUGGUUUCAUUAUUUGACCUCCGGCAGUGUGUGCUCAAGACAAAUAUUGCUUGCGGUGCUUAUAGAUAAAAAUAGUUCCGGCGUGGACACGAUAGCAGCAGAGGAUUCGCAACCCUUCAUACCUUGAAUCGUCGCCGUCACUUCGGAGGAAUACACCGUGAAUAGACACAAUGGCAACAUUAGGACGAAAGUUUUUGAACAACCUGAAGAGCAAGGAGUUCCGUGAUUAUUUGAUGAGCACACAUUUCUGGGGUCCGGUAGCCAACUGGGGAAUUCCUAUUGCUGCCAUCGGCGAUCUACAGAAAGAUCCGAAGAUUAUCUCAGGCACGAUGACAACCGCUCUAUGCCUGUAUUCGUGUAUAUUCAUGCGCUUUGCAUGGAAAGUUCAGCCGAGAAACUUGCUGCUCUUCGCUUGUCACAUCACGAAUUUCACCGUGCAAAGCGUACAAGGUGGCCGGUUCAUUGAGUAUCACCAUCUGGGUGGUAAGGAGCGACUUCAGAAAGCACAGGCCCAACAAGCUGUCUAAUCUUCGACAGUUUCGGAGAAAUUCUCCUGUCGAUAGCGACAUCACGUAGCUCGAAAUAUAAUCGGUGUAAACGAUAUGGAAAACAGGCAAACGGUGGAAAGGGAGUAGCCCUGGUUAGGUACGUAACAAAGUUAACAUGUGGCAAGUCAGUCUGCAAAAUGAAUCUUCGAAUCAAUAGUCCAUCACAACAAAAGGGCUUUAUAUACAAGCAAUGGAAGACCAUUAUCCUUCGAAUGACAAACUAUGCGAUGAACAAACGAUGAAACAAUGGUGCUCAAACGGAGGACCACUUUCUUACCAAACAACACGUGAAAAGGAGACGUUAUACGGGAAUAAUGGUACCUGUCGGGAAUUACAGUGUCGAAACUAGUUAUACUCAUGCAACAAAACAAUCGUAUUCGGUCAUGCUGCUAUCCUAGGAGUUUUUUAGUAGAGCUUUUGAUAGAGUAGGAUUUUUAGAUACACAUUUUCAAGGCACUUUUGAGCACGCUACAACUUUUAGACGCACAAGUAAUUUUACAGGCAAAUCAUGUUGUGAUAAGACUAGACAUUUAGAUCAUACAAACGUAGGUGCAAAUGUAGGUAUAAAAAGCGUAUCGAUGCCCUACGCCCGCACAUCCCUUCCUAAACUAAUCUUCAGGUCCAGACAUCUUCCCGAUUGACGUAAAAUCCCACCACCGAACGUUUCCUUUUCUGUUCUGUUCAAAGCCCAAAAUCGUUCGCGAGCAACAACCUAAACCGAACAAGAGAAAGACAUGAUAUUAUAGCAUCACCUUAUUAUUACCUCAAUACCAUCACGAGCCAGCCUGUUCCAAACGACGCGAAGUAGCGUUUCACAGAACUACGAAGCUACGAAGCAAAACCAACAUUCUGUGGUGCAACAUUCUAGUACAGGGUUUUUAUUUUCUAGAGGAUCAUUGAAUAAGCCAUUGGUCAAACUAUGGUGUUCUAACUCGACUACAAUUUGUGUUUACCAGUGAACCUAAGAGGUUUAUUUUUUAUUGUAUAAAAAGAGAUUCUGUUUAUUUGUUGACAAUAAAGGUGAAAUGUAGUCGUA